GGAAGGAAUUACCACCGAACGGCUGGGAAUGGGGUGGCUGCAGCGCGGACGUCACCUACGGGAUGAGGUUCGCGCGUAGGUUUCUGGACGCGAGGGAGGUCGAGGGCGACGCGAGGAGUCUGAUGAACCUCCAUAAUAACAAAGCAGGAAGAAAGAUAGUUAAAGCCCUGCUGCAAACGGAAUGCAAAUGCCAUGGCGUGUCCGGCUCCUGCACCGUGAGAACCUGCUGGCGAACCUUGCCUAGUUUUCGUCAGAUCGGCGAUGCUCUGAUGAAAAAAUACUACAGAGCCAGGCCGGUCGUGGCGAUCACGCCACCACCACCUCCCACGAUGCAGAGUUUAGACACGUUGCACUCGACGUCCGCGGAAAUGAUCCCCAUUUUGGGGAACGAUGCGAAGACCCAGGGGAAACCCAACGACGUUGGCAAGUCUCGAUACGACCGACAACCCCCGAAGAAGGUCAUUAAACCAAGACGACCGCACUUGGUGCUGAAGAGAACGAAAUCCAGCGGCGGAUUAGCCAUAGGUCAGAAAAGAAUUCCAAAGAGAAGCGAGCUGGUCUUUUUGCAACCUUCCCCUAAUUACUGCGAGCCUGACUUAGCCCAAGGCAGCCUGGGCACGCAAGGCAGAUAUUGUAAUCGUACUAGUAAAGGAACCGACGGAUGCGACUUGAUGUGCUGCGGUCGUGGCUACAACACGCAUCAAUUCACGAGAACGUGGCAGUGCAGAUGCAAGUUUCAUUGGUGCUGCCGUGUGCAUUGUGAAACCUGCACCGAGCGGACGGAAGAAUACACGUGCAAAUAAACGUUCGAACAUUUUUCCAAUUUCGGCACACAAGUGAUGUAAAUAUUUGCUAGACUUAACUGGCCACAAAGUGUUUGCACGCCAUCGACGGACUCGCUACUAUCGGUGUAUUCGACUAAAUCGGCGCGAAUAUCGUUAAAAAUAGCGAACAUUUCAGCCACGUGGCUAAAAUUAAUUUAACGUUGGCCACGAGUCGAACUUUCCGUAGUUUGCAUAAAGAUAACGCGCGUAGUUGAUAGAGAGUUCGUUUUGUGCUUGGAUUGAAUCAAUGGCAACAUAAACCCACGAUAAGAUGAAGCACAAACCGCACCCUUUGUUUGGGACUUCAGAGGAGCCAUCGAUGUAUUAUCGUCGCCCAUUCCUCAAAUCCCAACCCUUCUAAGCCACCUUUGUGCGAGAAAAUACUCAAAACGUUGUUUGCGACAUAAUGUCUAGAAUAGCUAAAGCAACAAUCGUAUCGAUUACUAUACUCGUCGAUUGUGCACGAAACAAAACAACUGAUAAUUCGUCGAAAUAUAAAGAGUUCUUCAAAAGGGGCCCAAGAUUUUCCUUUUAACUAAAAACACAUAUGAUUAUAAUUAUAAUAAAACAUAUGAUUAUAAUAAAACACAUAUGAUAAUUAAACCUGAAAUUAAUUACGUUCACAGACAUAUUUUAUUAUCAAAGAAACAAAAUUCUAAAGCCCCCUUUGGAAAAUCCUUCACGAUAAUACGUAGCAAACAAUCGACGUAUCGUUUCACGAAAUUCUGUAUAAAUUCCUUAUUUGUUGGACUAUAUUUAGGAAAAAUCCUUCUAGUAGCUUAUAAAAUACCUCUAACGUUAAUGAACAUUAUAUCAAGACACGCGUAUAAUUAGCAGUUCUGAACGAUCACUGUUUCGCUAGCCCAGUGGUGUAUACAGGCUUCUCUAUGUUUCGUAGGAAUAGCGUGUAAAUUAUUAUUUAUUAAAGACGCGACCGUCAAUUAUAAACAUGAGCGAUUGUACUUGCUUUCUUCGGCGACUAAUA